CGGCUUUUUACAGCAGACGACACAAGAACGUCUAACUAUUUCUUCCUAAAACACUAUGAAUGGUCAACCACUUUUCAGGUUUCAGCCCCAGGUAAAUAACAGUUAUAAAGAGCUUGAAGUAAUAAAGAACCAACAAGAAAAUGCAAGAGAUGUACAUAGCACAACCACAAUGGCACACCAAAGAUUUGGUGCCCAGCAGCAGCUGGAAAGUGAACAGAUGUCUACACUUCAUGUAAAGCUACAUAAAGAAGCUGAUAAGAUCAGGAAGUGGAAAAUACAAACUGAUGUGGAGCUUAAAGAGAAGGAAAAGAAACUGAUUGAAGCAUCACAGCGAAUAGAAACAAUGAAAAAAUCUUUAUUAGAACUGCAGCUUGAAAAUGAGCGAACAAGUGCAAUGCUUCAGGAAGAAAUUAGUAACAGAGAAGAAGUACUUAGAAGGAUUAAUUCAACAAGAGAGAUGUGCACUUUGUUAAAAUGCCAUGCAGCUAGAAUGGAAGAUAGACUAAUGAGAUGUGAAACUGAAAAAACAGAAUUAAAAUAUAUUGGAAAAGAACAUAUGCAACAGUUUGAGGAGUUGACAUUGAAAUUUAACAAAUUACAAAUUACUGCCCUAGAAAGAGAAAAGCAGCUUCAGGAUGAAGUUAAUUCUGAAAGGAAGGAAAAUGCAGAAAAAUCAAAGGAAAUUAUUCAGAAAUUAGCUGAUAAUAAUAAAGAGAUACAAAUGUUAAAGGAUAAUACAGAAAUCAUCACAAAAGAACUUUGUAGUCAAAAUGCAGUUUUAGAAAUUAAGGAAUGCAAAUUAACAGCCAUGAUGGAGUCUGUGGAUGAUCUUCAAAAGAAGGUUUCCUGCUUGACUGAAGAUUUACUCUCAAAAGAUGGUGCACUAAAAGAGUCUUUAUCUAAAAUAUCUGAACUUCAGAAGGAAAAACUAACACUUGAAAACAUGAUAGAAACACAAAGACUUAACAUCCAGUCUUUAGAACAAAGUAAAGAUAAAAUGGAACAAGAAAUGAAAGAGUCUCAAACAAGACUUGAAGAGCAAUUAUCAUAUAUUGAAAAAGAACUUCAAAUUACACAAGAAAAAUUAGAUUUGAAGCUUUCUGAACUUCAGAAUUGUGAAACUAAGCUAACAGAUGCUAUAGCCUUGGUGGAAGAACUUAAGAAUUCAAAAGACUUGUUAAUAAUAGAAAAAAUGAACUGUGAAAUGAACUUGGAUGUUGAAAAGUUUCAAGUGAACAAUUUGUUGGCUGAGAAAAAUGAUGAUAAGGAGGAAAUUGGUAGACUUAAUAAUGAGAUCUCAAUGUUAACCAUGAAACUGGAUAGGGAAAGUUCAUGCAAACUAAAAGCACAGGAGGAAAAUGAAGUACUACAAACCAAGAUUUCUUGCCUGCUUCUUGAGAGAGAUAACCAUAUCAAGCAUAUUGCUAAUUUGAAUGCUGAUAUAGAAGCAAAACAGGAGAAAUGUUCAUCUUUAGAGUGUCUGUUAUCUGAAGAAGAAAAUAAAAAUAUUAGACAACAGAACAGCAUUGGCAAACUAGAAGAAAUGAUUGAAAAAGAAAGGCUAUUGAAUCAACAGUUAGAAAAGCAAGUAUUAGAUCUAAUAAAAAAGGUUGAAAGUAAUACACUUCUUAUAGCAGAUAAAGAAAAAGAAGUAGAAGUUUUGCACAUUUCCAUUGAGAAUCUUAAAUCAGUGAACACAGAAAAAGAAAAUGAAGUGAAGAAUUAUACAGAUGAACUUGAAUUGCUACGAUCUAAUACAAAUAAGCAGCUAAAAGAAAUCCAAGAUCUAAAAUUGCAGAUAAGUAAUUUAAAUAAUGAAAUGGAUAAGUCACUGAUAUCACAUGAAAGCAAAAUUACUAUAACAGAAGAACAAAAUAAAGAACUAGAAAACGAGAUACAGUCUCUUAAGGGGAAAUUAGAAUUUGAAUCAAAGGUUUUAAGUGAAAAUAAAGAGAAGCUACUUACAGUUGAAAAAGAGUUAGACUGGGUGAAAAUGUUAAAAGAAGAAGCAGAAAUGGCAAAGAAAAAUUGUGAAGAAGAAGUGAAGAAAAUAAAGAAGCUUUGUGCUGAUGAGCUUGAAAAAACUCAACUUGCAAUGGAAAAGGCAAUUUUAAUGCAAAGUAAUGCACAGAAGGAAAAAGAUAAUGCAUUAAAGCUUACAGAUGCUCAGUUGACUGAAAUGAUGGCAACUUUAGAUUCCUACAAGCAGAACAAUGAAAAACUUGUUUGUGAAAAGAAUAAAGAAAUUCAAAGUCUGACCAUGAAAAUGGAUAAUGAAAAGGCUUAUGUGUUAAAACUAGAAAAAGAACUUACAGAAUGUAAAGCGAAAAUAGAACAAUUAACAGUCAAAUUAAAACAAAAAAAUGAGGAAAAUCCAAUUCCUGAUGUCAUAUGCACUUUGAACCCAAUCAAUAAAGUGCAAACACCUACAUCUAAAAAUAGAGCAGACAAUGAAAGUGAAAGUAUAAAAGAAAAAAAGAAUGAACCCUCAAGUCCAAAAGCUGUAUCAAUGCCAGUAACUUAUACUCUGCUAACCCCUUCAAAUAGGCCUACAUCAUGUGGUUUGAAAACACCUCAGAGAAGUAUUCUGAGAGUAUGUAAUUCUGUAACCAAAAGAAGGAAAGUGGCCUUUGCAAACAACGGCUGUGAUAAGGAGGGGUCAUCUGAUGAAUCUGAUUUAAUGGAAUUGGAUACAGAGUCAAAAGGCCCACAUAAACCUGUAGCUACACCCAUUUUAAAGUCAACUCCUAAAAGUGGUACACCAAGCAAGAUUCCCUUAACUAAAACCUUGAGAGAUAACCACCAAAAGCUGCAGGAAAAAAAAUCCCAUAAAUCUGCUGAGAAAAAUGAGGAAUCAUGUGCAAAGAUUGCUGAUGAUCUUAAAACGCUUAACAUUAGGAAAGCCCCAGCUAAGAAAUCUAAUGUGUUUUUUACAACAUCUCCAAAAAACAAGGCAGCCAGUGCAAAAAGUAAAAUGAAAAAAGAUAUAGCUGGUCAAGCAUGGUUUGAUCUCGACUCUGUUUAUGGGUUCACAUCAGAGGACUAGGUCACAGUUGUUUAAUUUCAUGUGUUGUUGGUAAAUUUGAAUGGAAUAAAGUUUAUAUUUAAUUAUC